AUGCUGCAGACCCCGAAACGGGGACCCGGAACUCCAGGGCUUGGGAGAACUCAACCUUGCCUUUCCAAAAGUUGCCGAGAAGCCUUCCGAUCCCCCCAGCCAUCUCCUACGUCUGGCCAGGCUGAUGGGACCAUUGAGGAUUCUCAGCAGCUUGACAUCCAGAAACUGAAAGAGAAGAGGGACAUGCUGAAUAAAGAGAUCUCCCAAUUCGUGUCUGACCGCUACAGUGUGGCAGAGCUGGCGGGCCACGUUAGCCAACUCCACGAGUAUAAUGACAUCAAGGAUGUUGGCCGGACGCUACUGGGCAAGCUAGCUGAGAUCCGAGGGGUCACCACCAAAGAGCUGUAUCCAGAAUUUGCUCUGGACGUGGACGACUCGACAGAGGCUGUGGGCUCGUAG